AUGGUCCAAGAUAUCAGCAAUAAGGUGUGGUUGAAAAUGAAGCUCCCAUCCGUGGUCCAAGGCUCACUGCUUCUCUUUAUCCUGGCCAGCUGGGCCGGUGCCCCCAAGCCCCCCAGCAUCAACCUGCAAACGUUCACUGGUUGCGCCGUACGUGAGUUCACUUUCCUGGCCAAGAAGCCUGGCUGCAAGGCGAUGCGAAUUACGACAGACUCCUGCUGGGGCCGUUGUCAGACUUGGGAGAAACCUGUGCUGAAACCCCCUUACAUCGAAGCCCACCACCGCGUCUGCACUUACAACGAGACCAAGCUGGAGACGGUGAAGCUGCCAAACUGUGCGGCCAACGUCAGCCCGUUCUACACGUACCCCAAGGCCAUUCGGUGUGACUGCGGCAUGUGCCUCACCGAAACCACGGAAUGCGAGACUGCCUGAGUC